GCAGGACAAUUCGCUGUGGCGCAAGCUCAGAACGAAGUGGAGAAGUUUCCAGUCUCUUCGGAAAUGCAUGGUGUCUGGCUUUGAGGAUGAUCGGGAUGGGAGCGAGAGAGGAUCUUGACUGAAUCAUGUAAGCUCUAGUCGCAAAUUUUCUUUCUUGAUCUCGUUUUGAUUCAGGGGAACAGUCGCAAUGGAGAUUCGUUUGAACCCAGUUGGAGGUUGCUGGUACAUGAAGUAGGACGAAUUGCCGAGUUGAUGCUCGUAAGGAAACUGGAAAAAUCUUAUGAUUAUUAUUCUACCUGCAUUUCGAUUCUUCCGCACUGCGACCCCACUGUAAAGGAGGAUUCGCCAGUGGAUUGCUCGUCAAAUCAAAAAUUCAUUUCUCACAGGCUAAGCAGGAAUUUUGCUGAUCCCGUCCUGGAACAAGAAAAACAGAAGUGUUUGUCUCUUGGUUUUCUGUUGCCAUUGCCUCAGCGUGAACAUAAAAAGCAAGAGCUUCAGGCCGCGGGACAUGACUCUGUGUCAAAGAUGAUUCUCGCCAUUUGGAAACGAGCAGGAGUUUUUAAGCGCUGCGCUGUUGAACUGGUUCCAAGUCGAGUGCAAGAAAGAAGCUUUUUAGCUCAUGAUGUCCACAUAACACGGCGCAGCGCAUGCAUUUUACUCACGUUAUCAGGCUGGCAGCAAAGUUUUUCGUUAACUCCAUUCUCCAGGCGAGUAAAUAACAGAACUUUUUGUACCGCAGGUGGGAGAGCUUUACUGCUUCGUUAUUCAAGAUGAUCCUGUCACGGACUAUUGUACAACGGGUACACUGUCGAAGAUUCAAACUUUCAAGUCAGGGGCGUGUGCGUAAGACGACGCCUGGUGACAGAAUCGACGACCGACUGUGGACAGAAACAGCAUCGAACUGAGCCGUGCAGCGGGGACGAGAAAAGAAAGACAGAAAAAAAAUAAAUCAAGUGGUGGUGGAAUUAGAAGCGGUUUUACAUGUCAUCGAGGAUGGCAGCCAGCCUCUGGAGCUCCUCUUGGCAAGAGUGUGGGUAGCGGACGCCUUCCUCUUGAGGCUGGUGCUGGCUUUCAACAAAAGCUGGGUGCGAACGCCAGGGAUCAUGUGAA